AUGGCUGAAAUUAUCUACGGCGACGUGAACCCCAGCGGCAAACUGCCGAUCACGUACCCGAAGGACCCGGCCAACACCGCCAUCCCCUACAACCACCGCGUCACCACGCGUUGCAUGUGGGACAACUGCUGGAUGCAAUGGGACUUUGGUGCUGGUCUCAGCUACACGAAGUUUAACUACUCCUCUGUCACGCUCGACAAAACUACCAUCGCCAAUGCCGACGAUACGCUUACCGCCACCGCCACCAUGACGAACACCGGGUCGCGAGCUGGCAAGGAGACGGUCAUGCUGUUCUUGAUCCAACCGUUCCGCAAGAUCUCGGUGCCGGAGAUGAAGAUGCUCAAGAAAUUCAAGAAGAUUGAGCUACAGGCGGGCGAAUCCAUGGACGUGUCGUUCUCACUGUCGGAAGAGGAUUGGGGUGUGUACAAGCCGGAAAUCGGCAGUGGACUGAAACGUGUUGUGGAGGACAGCAAGUAUGUUGUGGCUGUGAAGCCGGACACGUGGUGCAAUGUGUAUGGGGAGAACAUCACGAACCCAUUGUGCGCGGAGUUUACUAUCGACACGAGCAGCGGUGCUGGCACUGUCAGCGUCGGCGUUCAGCUGUAACACGAAAAAGAAGCAUUCGUCGGAUUUCAGGCGAGAGAGAGAGAGAGAGAGAGUACGCGAAUAAAACGGCCGUUGGAUGGUAUUCAGACGAAAAAAACCAAUAGAGUUUUGAUGGGAUUUUUUCGUCUGAAUGCCAUCCAACGUUCAUUUGGAUUAUUCGAAACCCAAAUCAAAAGAGUCAAAUUUUGGGUCGUUAUAAAAUAUGCCAUCCUGGCCAAUCAGAUCUCUCAGUUCUACUGGGC